AUGCCACUGCUAGCAAGGCAGGAUCUCUCCGAACCCACGCCGUCGACGACCGCGAAACCGAAGGGAGCAAAGACAUCUGCCACGGCAAGCAGUAUACAGACCGCUAUCCAGACCGGAGCAGCAGCACUUCCACGGCCAUUUGACUCCAGCAUUGGCACCAACUUUACAUCUUCUUCAUGUCCAGACUUCUUCAACGACUUUCUCAGCAACCAGACCUUCAACGACUGUCUGCCAUUUUCGUUACUUCUUCAGACAUCCAACAGCUUCUUUACAGCUUCCCGUUCCCUCGUCCGACUCACUCAGACUCUAGACGCCACAUGUAAAGUAAACCUGGACCAAUGCACAGCCGCAAUGGCCAGCUGGGCACAAGAAAUCAAGCAAACAGAUCGCUGCGGUCAAGACCUAGAAAUGGAAAACCCAGUAGUGACACAAGCAUACAACGGCUUCGUCUCAUACAAGCCACUCUACCAAGCCGCCUGUCUCCUCGACGCAGGCGGCAACUACUGCUUUGCCAACGCAGCAACAAACGCCUCGGCUCCGACGAGCAGUUACAUAUACUACCUACCUCUCGGAGUAGAGCUUCCCGGAGGAUCUCGACCGGCAUGCACGACCUGUCUGCAAAAUACCAUGGCCGUCUUCGCAGAAGCCGCUGCCAAUAAAUCUCAGCCUCUUAGUGCGGACUAUGUCGGCGCGGCUGAACAGGUCCAGAUGACUUGUGGACCUUCUUUUGUGGGAGCUGCGGUACAGAUUUCGGCGGCAACACCCACCACCUCCUCCAUCAUCACCUCUCGCAGUCUUGGAGGGCUUCUUAUUCUUUCGGCCAUUUUGAUGACGAGCUUGUAG